AUGCCCCAUCAGGUGCCCGUCAAGGCUAGCACUCCGACUCCUGCGGCGGAUAAGGGGCCGGCUUCCGACAACUGGUUUGGCAUGCCUUCCGAGGAGGAGCAGAUGGAGUUACUUCGACAGGAGGGUUUUUGGAACGAGGUCAAAACGAAGAAUAAGGGCAAGAAGAAUGACGGCUCGGCUGACAACACGACCUCGGCCGCUCCUGCGAACGGCGGAGACAAUGCCACCCCUUCAGCUAGCAUCAACAUGAGAUGUGACAUUAGGUUCAGCGAUGUCACGGUCUCUAUGGCCAAUGAAGAGCAAGGGGUCACGUACCUCUUAGUAGGGAAUCUACCCAGGACCGGGUCAGGUGUGUUUGGAUGUAAUGUUGAACCCGUCCCCCCUGCGCCGGAAGAAGCAUCAGCAGAAGGAAUCAAGCGACUCCUCUCCAAAUAG